ACCGAAGGGCAGAAUACGAAAACUUCCGAAGCUCGCGCAUGCUGUACGACCCCCUCCCUUCCCUUUUCAACAUGGCUGCUGUGUCUACUCUCUCAAGUAGCGUUCAGAUUGGUGACUGACUCGACUUUUUCCUUUCAGUGCCUCUUACUUUUGGUGUAAAUUAUUUGAGCUUGGAUGCAAACCACGAUUUCCAGCUUCCUGUUUUCCAGGAUUUCGGUUGGUGGAUUAACCUUCGCCGGUCUCUCUCUCCCAAGGGCCUUUUUUCACCCCCAAAACAACUAACUGCCAGCCAAACACUUUCUAGUACAAUGGUUUGAGAAGGUGCUCACAGGUUUUUUCGGUUCAUGAACAAUGUGCGAGAACUGCGCUGAGCUGGUGGAGGUUUUAAAUGAAAUAUCAGACGCAGACAGCAGUGAAGGCAGUUUCCAGCUGAAGAAGGAGCAUGCUCUGCGGGUUCUGGGCUACAUCAGCUCCUGGACUCAGAGGCAAUGUCUCUGCUGCUUCAAGGAGUACAAGCAUUUGGAGGUGUUCAACCAGCUGGUGUACGCCCUCAUCAACCUGGUUAUCGCCCAGAUAAGCAGCCUGAGAGACCGUCUCUGCAGCUCGCACAAAGCAGCGCCGCCUGGGACAGAGGGGGGGGCAGGCCCUGGUUGGGGCAGAGACGGGUCCGCUCCCGGCCCCCUGCGGCAGCCGGCGUCGCCGGGCGAGGACGAGCACGUAAACGUGGAAAGAGACUCCGCCGAGGAAGACGCCGACACGCCCGACCCCAACCAGAACCCGGCUCGGGGGCAGGAACCCGGCCAGGGGGCGGAGUCCCAGGUGGAGGCGCGGGAGCCCGCUAGUGGGGGGGGCGAUUCUGCGGAUGGAGGCGGGGCCGGCGGCGCCGAUUCCUUCAGCUCAUGGAGCACAGAGGAGAGAGAGAAACUGCUUCUGUGUGCAGCCAAGAUUUUCCAGAUCCAGUUUCCUCUUUACACGGCCUACAAACACAACACCCACCCCACCAUAGAGGACAUAUCUGCUCAUGAAAGCAACAUCCUCGGCUCCUUCUGUGACAUGAAUGACGUGGAGGUGCCUCUUCACCUGCUGCGGUACGUCUGUCUGUUCUGCGGGAAGCACGGCCUCUCCCUCAUGAAGGAGUGCUUCGAGUGGGGCUCUCCAGAGAGCCUGCCUUUCCCCAUCGCCCACGCCUUCAUCACCAUCGUCUCCAACAUACGGAUAUGGUUGCACAUUCCUGCGGUGAUGCAGCACAUCAUACCAUUCCGUACCUAUGUCAUUCGGUAUUUGUGUAAGCUGUCAGACCAAGAGUUGCGGCAGAGCGCCGCCCGAAACAUGGCCGACCUCAUGUGGAGCACGGUGAAGGAGCCGCUGGACAGCGCGCUGUGCUUCGACAAGGAGAGCCUGGACCUCGCCUUCAAAUACUUCAUGUCCCCCACGCUCACCAUGCGCCUGGCCGGACUCAGCCAAAUCACUAAUCAGCUCCACACCUUCAACGAUGUUUGCAACAACGAGUCUCUGGUGUCUGACACAGAAACGUCCAUAGCAAAGGAACUCGCUGACUGGCUGAUCCAGAACAAUGUAGUAGAGCACAUCUUUGGACCCAAUUUGCACAUUGAGAUCAUUAAACAGUGCCAAGUGAUCCUGAACUUCUUGGCUGCGGAGGGCCGCCUUAGCACACAACACAUAGACUGUAUCUGGGCUGCAGCCCAGUUGAAACACUGCAGCCGCUACAUUCACGACCUCUUCCCGUCGCUCAUCAAAAACCUGGACCCCGUGCCUCUGCGUCACGUCUUAAACCUGGUGUCCGGCCUUCACCCGAGCGCCCACACCGAGCAGACGUUAUACCUGGCCCACAUGCUGAUCAAAGCCUUGUGGAACAACGCCCUCGCAGCGAAGGCCCAGCUCUCCAAGCAGAGCUCCUUUGCCUCCCUGCUGAACACCAACAUCCCCAUGGGAAACAAGAAAGGUUCGCCGGCUGCCAGCCCCGACAGCAGUGACAACAGCGACACGCAGCACAGCGGCGGGAGCGACAUGGAGAUGGACGACCAGAUGAUGGUGACCGGCAGCAAGAGGAGCCAGCAAAGGCUGUCGGAUACAGAGGAGUCGAUGCAGGGCAGCUCGGAUGAGACAGCGAACAGCGUGGAGGAGGGCAGCAGCGGCCCGGGCAGCAGCGGGCCGUGCAGCAUCAGCGGCCGCAGCGAGGCCUCCAGCAACGAGGCCGCCUCCAGCAGAGCCAGCCAGUCAGCCGGCAGCCCCGGCAGCGAGAUGCACUCUGACGACAUGGGAGACAGCGAGGCCUUAAAGGAGGAGGAGGAGGAAGAGGAGGAGGAUGAUGAAGAGGAGGAGGAGGAGGAAGAGGAUGAGGACGACGAGGAGGAGGACGAGGAGGACGAAGGGAGCCGCUCUACUGCUGAAGUUGCUCAGCAGAAGGACGGACGUGAGCAGACGGAGUCCAGGAAGAGGAAGGCGGGGGAGGCUCUCGGAGAUGGAACGAACCACGGAGUGGGGGCCAUCAGUUCAGGGGGGGGCAGCAAGCCCAAAGUCCUCUCCUUCAGUCCAGAAACGUCCGCCGUCAUGGUCACCGUGGCGUCGACGCCUUUAGAGAGCCGGAUGAGGAUGCUGGAUGCCUGCUCUUCAUCUGCUCGGGCGGAGGGGGCGGAGCCUCAGCAGCAGCCAGCGGACAUCAGUCCUUCUCAGAUGGUCCAGGGCCCGCAGGACCCCUCCUGUCUACCAAGACCCGGAGAUUUCCUCGGGGACGCCAUGGGCAGCGAACUCUUUAACUGCCGCAGAUUCAUUGGUCCCCAGCACCACCACCACCACCACCAUCAUCAUCAUCACCACCAUCAUCAUGAAGGGCCAAUGGUGGAGGACAUGCUGAGCGCUGACGAUGUCAGCUGCAGUAGCUCGCAGGUUAGCGCCAAGUCGGAGAAGAACAUGGCGGACUUCGAUGGGGAGGAGUCUGGCUGCGAGGAAGAGCUCGUCCAGAUCAACUCCCACGCUGAGCUCAGCUCCCACCUCCAGCAGCACCUUCCCAAUUUGGCCUCCAUCUAUCACGAGCACCUGGUGCAAGGUCCAGCUGUUCAUAAACAUCAGUACUCCAGUCAUGCCAUCACUGACAUCAACCUAGAUAAUGUUUGUAAGAAGGGGAACACUCUGCUGUGGGACCUGGUUCAGGAUGAAGAUGCGAUUCAUCUGUCUGAGGGGCUCAUCAACGAGGCAGAGAAGCUGCUGUGUUCACUCGUUUGUUGGUUCACCGACAGACAGAUUCGAAUGCGCUUCAUCGAGGGUUGCCUUGACAACUUGGCUCAUCACCGAUCAGUUGUUGUUUCUUUGCGUUUACUCCCCAAACUUUUCGGCACUUUCCAGCAGUUUGGCUCCAGCUAUGACACUCACUGGAUCACCAUGUGGGCUGAGAAGGAGCUGCACAUGAUGAAGCUGUUCUUUGAUGACCUGCAACACUACAUCCAAGAAGUUCGAGAAAACCUGCACAAGUUUUCUCUGUACAGCCACAGCGCGGAGGUCCAGGUCCGUCUGCAGUUCCUCACCUGUGUCUUCUCCACACUGGGCUCACCUGACCACUUUAGACUGAGCCUGGAGCAGGUGGACAUCCUCUGGCACUGUCUGGUGGAGGACGGCGAAUGCUACGACGACGCUCUGCACUGGUUCCUCAAUCAGGUCCGCAGCAAGGACCAGCAUGCCAUGGGCAUGGAGACCUACAAGCACCUCUUUCUGGAGAAGAUGCCGCAGCUGAAACCUGAAACCAUCAGCAUGACCGGCCUCAACCUCUUCCAGCACCUCUGUAAUCUGGCUCGCCUCGCCACCAGCACGCUGGAUAACACUUCCAGCUGUGAGUUGUGUGGGAUGGACCAGCUUUGGGGGAUCGCUCUGCGAGCUCAGUCGGCUGACAUUAGCCGGGCUGCCAUCCAGUACAUCAACUCCUACUACAUCAACGCUGGAAAAACUGGUCUGGAGAAGGAGCAGGAGUUCAUCAGGAAGUGUAUGGAGAGUCUCCUCAUCGCUUCCGCCAACCUGGAGAAGGACUCUCACUCCAGUCUGACCAGCAUCGAGAGGGGGCUGCUCAUGCUCAAAACUCACCUGGAGGCCUUCCGGCGCAGGUUUGCGUACCACCUGCGACAGUGGCAGAUCGAGGGCACGGGGAUCAGCAGCCACCUGAAGGCUCUGAGCGACAAACAGUCUCUCCCUCUGAGGAUCGUCUGCCAGCCCGCCGGCCUGCCCGACAAGAUGACCAUCGAGAUGUAUCCCAGCGACCAAGUAGCCGACUUGCGAGCGGAGGUGACCCACUGGUACGAGAACCUGCAGAAGGAGCAGAUGAACCAGCAGGCUCAGCUGCAGGAGUUCGGGCAGAGCGGACGGCAGACGGGAGACUUCCCCGGUGGUUUGAUGGGACCGGUUCGGAUGAUCUCCUCUGGUCAUGAACUCACUACAGAUUACGAUGAAAAGACUCUCCACGAGCUGGGCUUUAAGGACAUGCAGAUGGUCUUUGUUUCUCUGGGGGCUCCACGAAGAGAGAGGAAGGGGGAGGGGGUUCAGCUGCCAGCGUCCUGUCUGCCGCCGCCGCAGAAGGAGCACAUUCCCAUGCUGCUGCUCCUCCAGGAGCCACACCUCACCACCCUCUUUGACCUGCUGGAGAUGCUGGCCUGCUUCAAACCCCCCAGCCCCAACACGGAGAAGGCCCAGGAGAGCCCAGAGAGUCAGCGAUGUGAGGAGCUUCACCUCCACGCCGAGAAUCUCUCCCGUCGGGUUUGGGAGCUGCUGAUGCUCCUUCCUACAUGUCCCAAGAUGCUUCAGGCCUUCCAGAACAUCGCAGAUGAAACGAGUGGGGAGGGUCUCUGCUGGAAGGAGCUGCUGAGGAUUAAGAGUCCACACAAGCUGCUGUACGCUCUGGAGAUCAUCGAAGCUUUGGGGAAACCCAACAGACGCAUCCACCGAGAGUCCACCGGCAGCUACAGCGAUCUGUAUCCAGACUCUGACGACUCCAGUGAGGAUCAGAUUGAAAACAGCAAAAACACCUGGAGCUGCAAGUUUGUCUCAUCUGGAGGUCUGCAGCUGCUCUUGGAGAUCUUCAACUCAGGCAUCCUGGAACCCAAAGACCAAGAGUCCUGGACUGUGUGGCAGCUGGACUGCCUGGCCUGCCUGCUGAAGCUGAUCUGCCAGUUCGCCGUGGACCCGGCAGAUCUGGAUCUGGCCUACCACGACGUCUUCUCCUGGUCCGGCCUCGCCGACAGCCAGCGCAAACGGGCGUGGCCCGGCAAGUCCCGCAAAUCCACCGUGGAUCACGGGAAAGGGCUGCACAUCCCUCGGCUAACGGAGGUGUUCCUCAGCCUCGUUCAAGGCACCAACCUGAUCCAGCGGCUCAUCAACGUGGCCUACACCUACGACAACCUCGGUCACAGAGUUCUCAAGGCUCAGUCUGACCACAGGUCUCGGCAUGAAGUCACACACUACUCCAUGUGGCUGCUGGUGAGCUGGGCUCACUGCUCGUCCACAGUGAAGUCCAGUCUGGCCGACAGCGACCACCUCCACGACUGGCUGAGGAAACUCACCCUGCUGGUGCCUGAGCCGGCGGUGCGACACGAAGCGUGCAACGGUCUGUACAAGCUCUCCCUGUCGGGUUUGGAGGGCGGGGAGUCCAUCAACCGCUCCUUCCUGCUGCUCGCCGCCUCCACGCUGCUCAAGUUCCUGCCUGACGCUCAGGCGCUCAAACCUCUCAGGGUGGAGGAUUACGAAGAGGAGCCUUUACUGAGGACGGGAUGCAAGGAAUACUUCUGGCUGCUCUGCAAACUCAUCGACAACAUCCACGUCAAAGACGCCAGCCAGAAGGUCUCUCCCUCUCUGUCGCUGCCCGGCUCCAUGCAGACCACCCUGCUGGACCUCGACGCCCUCGCCCGGCAUUUGGCGGAUUGCAUCCGGAGCCGAGAAAUCCUGGACCAGCAGGACGGGGCGAUCGAGGACGACGGGCUCACGGGCCUCCUUCGCCUCGCCACCAGCGUCCUUAAGCACAAGCCCCCCUUCAAGCUGUCCUGCGAGGGACAGGAGUUCCUGAGGGACGUCUACAACCUCCUCUUCCUCCUCCCCAGCCUGGCCGACCGCGCUCAGCCUAAGUGUAAAUCCCACGCCGCCAGAGCCGCAGCCUACGACCUGCUGGUGGAGAUGGUGAAGGGCUCGGUGGAAAACUACCGACUGCUCCACAACUGGGUCAUGUCUCAGCACAUGCAGGGUGAGGAUGCUGACUCCUCCACCUUCGCCUCUCACGCUCCGUACAAGUGGGACUACUGGCCCCACGACGACGUCCGGGCGGAGUGCCGCUUCGUCGGCCUCACCAACCUGGGCGCCACCUGCUACCUGGCCUCCACCAUCCAGCAGCUCUACAUGAUCCCCGAGGCUCGCCAGGCCGUCUUCACAGCCAAGUAUUCUGAAGAAAUCAAACACAAAACCACGCUGCUGGAGCUGCAGAAGAUGUUCACGUACCUCAUGGAGAGUGAGAGGAAAGCCUACAACCCCCGACCGUUCUGCAAAACCUACACCAUGGACAAGCAGCCGCUCAACACCGGCGAGCAGAAAGACAUGACCGAGUUUUUCACCGACCUCAUCACCAAGAUAGAAGAGAUGUCCCUGGAGCUGAAAAACACAGUGAAGACUCUGUUUGGAGGCGUCAUCACGAACAAUGUUGUUUCCCUGGACUGUGACCACGUGAGUCAGACGGCAGAGGAGUUUUACACGGUCCGGUGCCAAGUAGCAGAUAUGAAGAACAUCUAUGAGUCUCUGGAUGAGGUGACCAUCAAAGACACCCUGGAGGGCGACAACAUGUACACCUGCUCGCAGUGCGGCAAGAAGGUCCGCGCAGAGAAAAGGGCUUGUUUCAAGAAGCUCCCUCGCAUCCUGAGCUUCAACACCAUGAGAUACACCUUCAACAUGGUGACCAUGAUGAAGGAGAAGGUCAACACGCACUUCUCCUUCCCUCUGAGGCUCGACAUGACCCCGUACACGGAGGACUUCCUCAUGGGGAAGGGCGAGCGCAAAGACGGUUUUCGGGAGGAAAGAAAAGCCACAGAGAGCUACGAGUACGACCUCAUCGGUGUCACGGUGCACACAGGAACGGCGGACGGCGGCCAUUACUACAGCUUCAUCAGGGACAUCAUCAACCCCCAUGCCUACAAGAACAACAAGUGGUACCUCUUCAAUGAUGCCGAGGUGAAACCCUUCGACUCGGCACAGCUGGCCUCAGAGUGCUUCGGCGGGGAGAUGACUACUAAAACCUACGACUCCGUCACUGACAAGUUCAUGGACUUCUCUUUUGAGAAGACGCACAGUGCCUACAUGCUCUUUUACAAGAGAGUGGAGCUGGAAGAGGAGAACGGGAAAGACUUCAGCUUCGAUGUUUCUCCUGAUCUGCUGGAGUGGAUUUGGCACGACAACAUGCAGUUUCUGCAGGACAAAAACAUAUUUGAGCACACCUACUUCGGGUUCAUGUGGCAGCUGUGCAGCAGCAUCCCCAGCACUCUGCCAGACCCCAAAGCCGUCUCCCUCAUGACCGCAAAGCUCAGCACAUCUUUUGUACUCGAGACUUUCAUUCACUCAAAGGAAAAGCCCACCAUGCUGCAGUGGAUCGAGCUCCUCACCAAGCAGUUCAACAACAGCCAGGCCGCCUGCGAGUGGUUUUUGGAUCGGAUGGCUGAUGACAACUGGUGGCCGAUGCAGAUCCUCAUCAAGUGUCCCAACCAGAUUGUCAGACAGAUGUUCCAGAGGUUGUGCAUUCACGUCAUCCAGAGGCUGCGGCCGGUUCACGCUCAUCUGUACCUGCAGCCCGGCAUGGAGGACGGUUCGGACGACAUGGACGGUCCGGUGGAGGAUAUCGGGAGUCGAUCCUGCGUCACGCGCUUCGUUAAGACCCUGCUGUCCAUCAUGGAGCACGGCGUGAAGCCGCACAGCAAGCACCUGACCGAGUACUUCGCCUUUCUCUACGAGUUCGCCAAGAUGGGAGAAGAGGAGAGUCAGUUCUUGCUGUCACUUCAAGCCAUCUCCAUCAUGGUGCAUUUCUACAUGGGAACUAAAGGCCCUGAAAAUCCUCAGGUGGAGGUGCUGUCGGAGGAGGAGGCAGAGGAGGAGGACGAGGAAGAGGACAUCCUGUCUCUGGCGGAGGAGAAGUACCGCCCCGCAGCUCUGGAGAAGAUGAUCGCGCUCAUCGCCCUGCUGGUGGAGCAGUCUCGCUCUGAGAGGCACCUGACUCUGUCCCAGAGCGACAUGGCCGCACUGACCGGAGGGAAGGGCUUCCCGUUCCUCUUCCAGCACAUCCGAGACGGGAUCAACAUCCGGCAGACCUGCAACCUCAUCUUCAGCCUCUGUCGCUAUAACAACCGGCUGGCCGAGCAUAUCGUUUCCAUGCUUUUCACCUCAAUUGCAAAGCUCACACCUGAGGCGGCGAAUCCGUUCUUCAAACUGCUGACGAUGCUGAUGGAGUUUGCAGGAGGACCUCCGGGGAUGCCCUCCUUCGCCUCCUAUAUCCUCCAGAGAAUCUGGGAGGUGAUCGAGUACAAUCCGUCCCAGUGCCUGGACUGGCUGGCCGUCCAAACCCCCAGAAACAAGCUGGCUCACAGCUGGGUUCUGCAGAACAUGGAGAACUGGGUGGAGCGCUUCCUGCUGGCACACAACUAUCCACGAGUCCGCACAUCGGCGGCGUACCUCCUGGUCUCCCUCAUUCCCAGCAACUCCUUCCGUCAGAUGUUCCGCUCCACGCGCUCCCUCCACCUGCCCACGCGGGAGCUGCCGCUGUCGCCCGACACCACCGUCGUUCUGCAUCAGGUCUACAACCUGCUGCUGGGCCUGCUGGGCCGCGCCAAGCUGUACGUGGACGCCAGCGUUCACGGCACCACCAAGCUCAUGCAGUACUUCAGCUUCAUGACGUACUGCCUCAUCUCCAAGACGGAGAAGCUCAUGUUCUCGGGAUACUUCAUGGACCUCUGGAAUCUUUUCCAGCCCAAACUGUCGGAGCCCGCCAUCGCCACCAACCACAACAAGCAGGCGCUGCUGUCCUUCUGGUACAACGUGUGUGUGGACUGUCCCGAGAACGUCCGGCUGGUGGUCCAGAACCCCGUGGUGACCAAGAACAUCGCCUUCAACUACAUCCUGGCCGACCACGACGACCAGGAGGUGGUGCUCUUCAACCGCGGCAUGCUGCCGGCGUACUAUGGCAUCCUGCGGCUGUGCUGCGAGCAGUCGCCCGCCUUCACCCGCCAGCUGGCGUCGCACCAGAACAUCCAGUGGGCCUUCAAGAACCUGACGCCGCACGCCAGCCAGUAUCCGGGGGCGGUGGAGGAGCUCUUUAACUUGAUGCAGCUGUUCGUGGCCCAGCGUCCCGACAUGAGGGAGGAGGAGCUGGAGGACAUCAAGCAGUUCAAGAAAACCACCAUCAGCUGCUACCUGCGCUGCCUGGACGGGCGCUCCUGCUGGACCACCCUCAUCAGUGCCUUCAGAGUUCUGCUGGAGAACGACGAGGACCGGCUGCUGGUGGUCUUCAACAGAGGACUCAUCCUCAUGACGGAGAGCUUCAACACUCUGCACAUGAUGUACCACGAAGCGACCGCCUGUCAUGUGACCGGAGACCUGGUGGAGCUGCUCUCCAUCUUCCUGUCGGUUCUGAAAUCCACGCGGCCGUACCUGCAGCGCAAAGAUGUGAAGCAGGCUCUGAUCCAGUGGCAGGAGAGGAUCGACUUUGCACACAAACUCCUCACACUCCUCAACUCCUACAGUCCUCCGGAGCUCCGAAACGCCUGCCUGGAUGUCCUGAAGGAGCUGGUUCUUCUGAGUCCUCACGACUUCCUGCACACCCUCGUCCCGUUUCUGCAGCACAACCACUGCACCUACCAUCACAGCAACAUCCCCAUGUCCUUCGGCCCGUACCUGCCCUGCAGAGAAAACAUCAAACUGAUGGGAGCCAAAAACAACAUCCGGCCCCCCAGACCAGAGCUCAACAUGUGUCUGCUGCCCUCUCUGGUGGAGAGCAGCAAGGGAAAGGACGAGGUGUACGACCGGAUGCUGCUGGACUACUUCCUGUCCUACCACCAGUUCAUCCACCUGCUGUGCCGCGUGGCCAUCAACUGCGAGAAGUUCACCGACACGCUUGUCAAGCUGAGUGUGUUGAUCGCGUACGAAGGACUUCCUCUUCAUCUCUCGCUCUUCCCUAAACUGUGGACGGAGCUCUGCCAGUCAUCGUCUGUGAUGGCAAAAACCUGCGUGAAGCUGCUGUGUGAAGAUCCGGCCUUCAGCGAGUACAUCAAGUGCAUCCUGAUGGACGAGCGGACGUUUCUCAACAAUAACGUGGCCUACUCCUUCCUGACCUGCUUCAUGCACAAAGUCCAGGUUCUGUCGAGUCCCAGCUCCUCCAACCUGAUAGGUGUUCUGGUGACAAACCUUCUGAGCGAGCAGAGCAACCUGCAGCCGGAGCUGGCUGCUCACCGCGUGGAGCUGACCAAGACCAGCAUCCUCCUCAACGCCGACCUGCGGGCGCUGGUGCUGCUGCUGUCGGUGCAGCCGCCUCAGGCCGUCGACCCGGCUCUGAGUCCGGCGCUGCAGGAGCUGCUGACUCGCUGCCGACUCUGCAUUCAGCAGCGCAGCACUUUAGAACUGGAGGCCAAAGACCUCAAAGCUAAAGCUGAGGACGAGGGAGCCACGCCGGUGAAGCGGCGGAGGAUGAGCAGCGACGACGACGCAGCCGCAGAUGGAGCCGCUCCGCUCUGCGUCGCCUCCACCUCCACCUCCUCCUCGGCUCUCCCCGCCUGCAGUGAAGCAAAAGCCGACCACCAGGAGGCGCUGACGCCCGCCAGCACCUCCGACACAGAGACACGAGACUCCUCCUCCCUGAUAGACCCCGGCACCGAGCAGGACCCCCCCUCUCCUGACUCAAACCCGGCCACCUCUGGAAAUCUGGACUCCUCGCCUAAAGAGGAGAAGAUGGAGGCCUCCUCAUCCUCCUCCUCCUCGUUCUCCUCCUCCUCGUCCUCUCUGAUGCAGGAGGCUGGGGACGGGUUUGUCCAGGGGGAGGAGGCGGAGCCUCAGCACCAUGAGGAGCACGGGGAGGAGGCGAAGAAAGGAGCGGGGGCUUCCACCUCCUCUGACGAGGUGAAGGAGAAGAAGGAGGCGAGCUUAAAGGCUGGCAUCAGCCCUGCUCCUCCCCAGCUCGAGGAUGCCGCCCUCCCCUCAGCUAUUGGGCUAUCAGGGGAGGGGCCGGAAAGUAGCCACGCCUCCUCUGCACAGAUGAACAGCGGCCCCCCACCUGACAUGCUGGACAUGCUGUACAGGACUGUGGAAGCUGCCAUCGCCAUAGUUACCAAGCUGUCGACAAAAGGUCCGCCCUCUUCAUGACAUCAUCAGCGCACAGCCAACAUGUGAUCAGAACUUGCCCCUCCCCCUCCAAGCCUAACUCCGCUCAGAGAAAUCCGACUUUUCAUUUGGUUCCGCCGCCGUUUCCGUGCUGCAGUUUGUUGCCUUCCGCCGACGUUUUCGCCGGUUUGUUUCAGCUUCAGUGACUCGCCGUGUCGUCCCGCUCCGAUCAACGCCAACUCCCUGUCAAGCGAAGAAAUUAAAACAAAAUCAAUAAAAUAAAAAACAAGCUGCAGCACAUUUUUUCAAGGGCAAAAAAAAAAAGCAAGUUUUCGUGUGCGUGUUUUAUACUGGAUUGAGUUUGUUUGGAAAGUGAUCUUAUUUGUUUGAGGUUUGCUGUAACGGGGAAAGGUUUACACAACUUUUGUCUCCUAUGUAAUUUAAUUUUAUUGCAUUUUUACUGUGUAUAAAAACGGUCGUCCUCUGUGCCAGUUUUGUACUUUAAGAACGAGGCAAAAGAAAGUUGCCUUGAGUUUUUCUGUGGUUUAAUUAUCCAGAAACCAAGUUUACCUGUAAAUUAAGAGAACCACAAAGAACUUGAUUCUGUAAAGAAUCAUCUCUAGUCAUUGCCUGAAGGUGUAUAUGAAAAACUUUAGAAUAUAUAUAUAAAUAUCUUUAUAUAAAUAUAUAUAAAUCUAAAAUUCUAUAAAAGCGGUGCUUUAUUCGACUGUGGUUAAAAUAAAGCCCCUCAUGUUGGACCAGCUGGAGCUUUUAUUUUCUUUAAUGAACUACAUUCCAUGAUGUUUAUUUUUGGCUGCUUCUGCUGUGUUCUGACGAUUCUUUUGACUUUAUUUUAACAGAAAUGACUAAUAAAAGCAGUUUUAAUAUGAAGGGUUACAAAACUAAAA